GAACGUGCGCUGUGCGUGCCUACGAGAAUACCGGUGCUGUCCUUAAAUGUCCAGGUGAGUCCCUUAAUCUUUCUCGCAGACGUUCACUUCAUAGGUAUCUCGAUGCUACUGGUAUAUCCAGAUGAUGAGAUUGUGCACGCGAGUAGGCAAUUACCCUUCUCGUCCCUCCAACGAUAUCCACUGCACUGCGACUAUGAAGGCCGGUUGGUCAGUCCCUCUCGUCUUGGUGCAUACGAUAUCCGUCUCAUCAACUUUGGCAAGAUGGCUAUCCAAGCUCAUCUUGCUUCCGUGGUUCAUUUCUCGCUCACUAUGCAUCCAUCUAGGUGCCGGGGAGGACCCUCAUUCACGUCAACUCGUUGCCCUCCAUUCCUGCGCGCUCGAGCGCUGGACUCUAUUUCCCGACACGUCCAGGCAUACAGAUUACGCUUGCGUGGGCCAAGCGGCGCAGUUGGGCAAAGCUACCACUACGCCACCACCGAGUUCCUUCUUCGCGAAGGACGCAGGCUGAUCUCCGUGAACACGAGGAGGAAGAUCGACUCGCUAGCACGCUGGCUGCACUCUGCACCCACUUGUCCUUCAGUCCUUCAGGAAUCCAUCGAAACUUGAUACCAUAUAGUUGCCCGAAGUCAUAUCCACUUCACCUUUUCCGCGCAGAUGCGAGACCAUCGUCAAGCUGGCGUCCGUUUCUGGCGUUCCUGAGCUCUGCUGCGCUGGAGAUGACGAUGACGGACAGACGUGCUAUUUGUCGACGUAUAUGUUCAUCUGACAUUCCUGUGUAGACUCGGACUCGCACGUACGCCGCGUACGCCUUGAUGGAGGAGGGUAGACUAGCAUCUCAUUCAUCCGACUCGAGGAAAGUGCUUGUCUUCGUACGUUCCUGGUCUGCCAUGAGUAUGAUCAUGCGGUGCGGCCAGCAGAGCUAGUGUAUAUCAGUGAAGUUGUUACGCGAU